GGCCGUGAGUUUAACUUCCUACUGUUCCUAGGGCAACACCAAACCCUUCAGGAACUUUCUACGCCACACUGAGCGUCACACUCUAUCGUUCUUUCUCAGAGUCUCUGAAGAGAAGUUGUGAAUCCGAUCGAGAGCGAGUAGCAAUGGCCUUGGCUUUCGAUGAGUUCGGAAGGCCCUUCAUAAUAAUCAAGGAGCAGGAGCAGAAGAUGAGGCUGAGAGGCCUCGAUGCUCAGAAGGCCAACAUUUCUGCAGGAAAGGCAGUCGCUCGCAUCCUCCGCACCUCUCUCGGCCCCAAAGGCAUGGACAAGAUGCUUCAGAGCCCUGACGGCGACGUCACCAUCACAAAUGAUGGUGCAACCAUCUUGGAGCAGAUGGAUGUUGACAAUCAAAUUGCAAAGCUUAUGGUAGAAUUGUCCCGAAGUCAAGAUUAUGAGAUUGGUGAUGGAACAACUGGAGUUGUCGUCCUGGCUGGAGCACUUCUUGAACAAGCUGAAAAGUUGUUAGAACGUGGUAUUCAUCCAAUUCGAAUUGCUGAGGGAUAUGAAAUGGCAUCCAGGAUUGCAGUUGGACAUCUGGAGCGCAUUGCACAUAAAUUUGAAUUUGGUGCGAAUGACAUUGAGCCUUUGGUUCAAACUUGCAUGACUACCUUGUCAUCUAAGAUUGUGAAUAGAUGCAAGCGUAACUUAGCUGAGAUUGCUGUCAAAGCAGUUCUCGCUGUUGCAGAUUUAGAGAGGAAGGAUGUUAACCUGGACUUAAUCAAAGUAGAGGGAAAAGUUGGUGGAAAGCUAGAGGAUACAGAGCUGAUUUAUGGCAUUGUUGUUGACAAAGACAUGAGUCAUCCACAGAUGCCUAAGCAAAUUGAGGAUGCAAAAAUUGCCAUUUUGACUUGUCCAUUUGAGCCCCCUAAACCAAAGACCAAGCAUAAGGUUGACAUCGAUACUGUUGAGAAGUUCCAGACUUUACGGCAGCAGGAACAGAAAUAUUUUGAUGACAUGGUUCAGAAAUGCAAGGAUGUUGGUGCGACCUUGGUUAUUUGCCAAUGGGGAUUUGAUGAUGAAGCAAACCACUUACUAAUGCAUAGAAAUUUGCCUGCUGUUAGAUGGGUUGGUGGUGUGGAGCUGGAGCUGAUUGCAAUAGCCACUGGUGGGCGAAUUGUGCCAAGAUUUCAAGAGUUGACUCCGGAAAAACUUGGCAGGGCUGGGCUGGUUCGUGAGAAAGCUUUUGGUACGACAAAGGAUAGAAUGAUUUAUAUUGAACAUUGUGCAAAUUCAAGGGCAGUGACUAUAUUCAUACGUGGGGGUAACAAAAUGAUGAUAGAGGAGACAAAACGCAGCCUUCAUGAUGCUUUGUGUGUUGCGAGAAAUCUUAUUCGGAACAACUCUAUAGUAUAUGGUGGUGGCUCAGCUGAGAUCUCUUCCUCAAUUGCUGUGGAAGCUGCUGCUGAUAAAUAUCCAGGUGUUGAGCAGUAUGCAAUCAGGGCAUUUGCCGAUGCUUUAGAUGCUGUCCCCAUGGCCCUUGCUGAGAAUAGUGGCCUUCAACCCAUUGAAACUCUGUCUGCUGUUAAAUCACAGCAAAUCCAGGAAAAUAAUCCAUGUUGCGGGAUUGAUUGCAAUGACGUUGGCACAAAUGACAUGCGCGAGCAAAAUGUGUUUGAGACUUUGAUUGGGAAGCAACAGCAGGUUUUACUCGCAACUCAAGUUGUUAAGAUGAUUCUAAAGAUUGAUGAUGUUAUCACGCCUGCGGAUUAUUAGUGAUUAGGCAGUUGAAGCAUGUAGAACAAGUGGGUUUAACAUUGAACUUUUGGUGUGGUUAAGAAAUUUUUGGUGGUCAUUACGCAUCGAGGUUUUGGAGUUUGUUAUGUACUAUUAUUUAUUACAUUUGAAGAUUGUUGGUUGAUGAUGAGUUUGACAUUUAUCUAAUUCAAGUUGGUUGUCUCUA